UGCUUCCUGCCCGCAGCGCUGGAGACUUUGAUGCGUUCAGAGUGAAGGAGCGCUGCUUGUGAGCGCAUGUUACACCAGAAGGCUGUUUUGUUCAGACUGUAAUUUUCGCCUGGUAAUUUAUUUGAUGGCUUCAAUUUGAUGUACCCCAUCGGACCCAAUGUUUCCAUUUGGACUUUCAAACGGGGGAAUGACUGUCAAGCUGCUCCAGCUAUAGUCUAUACAGCUAUAGCCUGAACAGGCCAGACGGCAGCAGGAUGAGUUCAGAGGAGCGCAGCUCAGCCAUGUCACAGAAGAUCUCCUCCUUAUCGAGGAGCAACAGCAGCUCCUCAUCCAAGCAUGACAGCAGACAGGACAGCUGGGAAAUAGUGGAGGGAUUGCGUGGAGGAGCCAGUAAUGUCCUGGAACCGCAGAAACAGGAAGGCUACAUGCUGAAGAGGAGGAAGUGGCCAAUGAAGGGUUGGCACAAGAGAUACUUCUUCCUAGAAAAGGGGGUCCUUAAAUAUGGGAAGUGUAAUGCUGACAUUGAGAAGGGGAAGCUGCAUGGCUGCAUUGACGUGGGUCUCUCCGUCAUGACCAUUAAGAAGAAAGCCAAGUGUAUUGAUCUUGACGCGGAGGAGAACAUCUAUCACCUGAAGAUUAAGUCACAGGAGCUUUUUGACGAAUGGGUUUCUAAGCUGCGCCAUCAUCGGCUAUUUCGGCAGAACGAGAUCGCCAUGUGUGCCAAUGAGAAACCCUUCUUCUAUCCCAUCUACCCUUCUCCAAACUCCCCUGGCAUAGCUGAGGGUGCCUCUUUGCGAAGGUGUCUGUCGAUACGAAGGCAGUCCUCAGUGCAUCCUGCAGUAGGCUUCCCUUUGAGCGCCAACAGCCAGGCCAAAGUAGCAGCCUGGCUCCAGUCCUCUGAUGACAUGGACAAAUGUUCCAAAGACUUGUCAGUGUGUGAGACCUACCUGCUGGAGCUGAACCACCUGAUACAGAGCAUGGAAGUCCUCCACCGCACCUAUUCUGCUCCGUCUAUUCAAGCACUGCAGGCAUCUACAUUUGACAGCCCCAAAAAAGAGAAAAGACUUCAAAGGAAAUGGCGCAAUAAAAACUACAAUAAAGAUGUCAAAACAACUUUGCAGGUACCCAGCUGCAUCUCCUCUGGGUCCAUCCGACUCCACGCCUCCAAUCCUAACCUCUCCACCGCUGCACUCGGUAAUGACAAAGUUGACCCCGAAUCGUUGGAUUCACAGUUUGAUGUGGCAAAGCUGCAGGAGGACUUCUGCCGUGUUGCCACCAACUUGCACACAGCCAUGAAGUCAGUGCUAAGCUCAUUAACAUCAGAGAGGGAGAGAUUGAAGCAGUGUCUGGAUCACGACUCCUUCCCUCCAACUUCACCCCAAGUGGUCAAUCUAAAGAACACCCUGGCAGCGGCUUUAGCACAGAACUCUGAGCUGAGAGAUCGCCUGAGCAAGAUUCAUGCCGAGUCUCACAUCGUAGAGCCCACACUAAUAAAUCUCACUGCCCCUGUGCAGAAACAGGAAUCAGCAGAAGACUGCCAUCCCCUUGUGCACCAGGUUUCCAACGAAAGCAGAGCUUCGAUUGCAGAGUCUUUGUCAGAGUUUUUUGAUGCACAAGAGGUCCUCUUGUCUGCUAGUUCCUCUGAAAAUGAGGUAUCCGAUGAUGACUCAUACAUUAGUGACAUUAGUGACAACAUUUCGAUGGACAAUUUUAGCAAUGAGACUGAAAAUGAAAGACCCAACAUAGGUUCAGUUGAAGGUGCUGCCCUCUGUUCACGUAGAUCCUGUCUGCCCACCCCCAGCCCUACCAACAACACAAUCAGCCUGUGGAACAUCCUCAGAAACAACAUAGGCAAAGAUUUGUCCAAAGUGACGAUGCCUGUGCAUCUUAACGAGCCCCUUAAUGCCCUGCAGAGACUCUGCGAGGAGCUGGAGUACAGCGAGCUGCUGGACAGGGCUGCUAACACACAGGACCCCUUUGAGCGCAUGAUCUAUAUUGCCACUUUUGUGGUAUCCGGAUAUGCAUCCAGCUACUACAGAACUGGAGGAAAACCUUUCAAUCCCAUUCUGGGAGAGACAUAUGAAUGUGACCGGCCAGACAAAGGCCUUCGCUUUGUUGCCGAGCAGGUCAGUCAUCACCCACCUAUUUCAGCUGGCCAUGCAGAAUCUAAAAACUUUGUCUUCUGGCAAGAUGUGAGGUGUAAGAACAAAUUCUGGGGGAAGUCGAUGGAGAUUGUUCCUGUGGGUACCACUCAUGUCACGCUGCCGAGAUUUGGGGAUCACUAUGAAUGGAAUAAAGUGACGUCCUGCAUCCACAACAUCCUUAGCGGACAGCGCUGGAUCGAGCAUUAUGGGGAGAUCUCAAUUAGAAACUCAGCCAGCGAUGUUUGUCAGUGCAAGAUCACAUUUAUCAAGGCCAAAUAUUGGAACUCAAGCGUGAACGAGGUGGAGGGGUCCAUAAUGGAUAUUAAUGGAAAGGUCGUCCACAGGCUGUUUGGGAAAUGGCAUGAAUCAGUUUUCUGUGGAGACCCGCCAUCAGCAACCUGCAUCUGGAGGGCAAAUCCGAUGCCGUUGAACUAUGAGCAGUACUACGGCUUUACAAAGUUUGCAAUUGAGCUAAAUGAGUUGGAGCCUUCUUUGAAACAGCUACUGCCUCCUACAGACACCAGACUACGAGUCGACCAGAGAUUGCUGGAGGAAGGGAACUUGGAAGCAGCAGAAGAAGAGAAGCAACGAAUUGAACAGCUGCAGAGAGACCGACGGAAAGUCCUGGAGGAGAGCAAUGUGGCACAUCAGCCCAAAUUUUUCAGGAAGUCGAAGGAGGACACCUGGGUGAGCAACAACACGUACUGGGAGCUGAGGAGCGAUCCGGGCUUCUCCCACAUUGAGUUUCCCAAACUGUGGUGACCUCAGAGCUGUUGUCUCGACACACACAGCCGCCACUGUGAUCCAGGCUGGUUCUGGUGAUGUCUGUAGCCCACUCCCACCCCUGCACAUACUGUUUUCUAUACUGCAGCUCAUUCCAGUUAUUGCCUUAAUAAAGAGUGCAUAUCUGUGUUGCAUAAACAUGUUUAUGGAAUCAUUCAGAAGGAAUGUGUUUUGAAACUUUCACCAACAUUUCUGCAUCUUUUAUGCUGUGGCUUCUAAAAAAAAAAAAAGGACAAAUUUAAAUCAAUCAUUUACAGAAAUCUAGCUUGAAAAUGUUAAACUUAGGAUUCUGUCUUCUCAUGGACAUUCUCUACCUCGGAGAAAAACUAGCCUUGAUAUAUCAGUGGUUGUGUGCACACGUUUGUUCUGCAUCGCCUAAUGCCUUACUAGUUGUAUUUGGUUUAGUUUGUGCAUUGCCUAAAAGUCGCUGUUUUGUAUGGAUAUGCAAAGGAAAAUGUUAAACUGAUGUUUAUAUUCUCACUGUGCUGAGCACAUCUUU